AACCCAUUUUAGCCACGUUUACGAAAAUUAAAGUCAACACCACUUUCUAACGCGAUCUCCCUUCAACCACACGCGCAAGCGCACAACUGCCGCCUACACGCCCCAAAACUCAAGAUUACCCUCUUCCUUACCUCACAACCAUGGCAGACACCACAGUAACAUCUACCGAGACUGGCUCCAGCCCCAGAGAACACAAUGCUGCCGGAGGGCCCAAGGCUAUCAUUAAGAACGUGGAUAUGACUGAAGAGAUGCAGCAAGAGAGCGUUGAGAUCGCAUCUGCUGCUCUCGAGAAAUACAACAUCGAGAAGGACAUCGCUGCACAGAUCAAGAAAGAGUUUGACAGACGACAUGGCCCCACGUGGCACGUUGUUGUCGGAAAGAACUUUGGCAGCUACGUGACUCAUGAAACAAAGCACUUUAUCUAUUUCUACGUCGGAUCGCUUGCUAUCCUCAUCUGGAAGUCAUAAAACAGCUGUAGAUUCACGUCGGAUAGAUCAAUACAGACAGACGCGACUCACCACUUUUCACCAUGUGUAUUGUACAUUCCUCUGAAUCCGCAUUUGUCUCGCACGUCAACCGUCUUGUAAUGUCCCCGCUUUUCGUGUACAAACUGUUCAUUACUUUCGUGGAAGAUUACCCUUUGGAACGAACACUGGCUGAUAAGUUCCUAGUCCGCAAUGUCUUGGAAUCAAGUUGAGCCAAGACAUGCACUGUCUUUAGAUAUGUCAGGUAUUCGAUGGCAAUGACACUGAUCAUGACAUGCAAUCGUUGCAAUGCAUGACCCUGUCCGUGACAGGUUGACGGUUCCCAUGAGAGGAGCACUCCUGCG